AUGAUGUGGGAACUGAGAUCCAUCGCCUUCACCAAGGCUGUCUUGGUGGAAUUCUUGGCUACUUUGGUCUUCAUCCUCUUCGGCCUUGGCUCUGCUCUCAACUGGCCUUCAGCUUCUCCUCCGAGCAUCCUCCAGAUCUCCUUGGCUUUCGGCCUGGCCAUCGGGACACUGGUGCAAGCCCUGGGACACAUCAGUGGGGCUCACAUCAACCCGGCGGUGACGGUGGCUUGUCUCAUCGGCUCCCAGGUCUCCUUCCUCCGUGCUGUCUUCUACGUGGUGGCCCAGCUCCUGGGGGGGGUGGUGGGAGCUGCCAUCCUGCACGAGAUCACUCCAGCAGACUGCAGGGAAGGCUUGGCCAUCAACAAGCUGCACAACGAGACAACCACAGGUCAGGCCGUGACUGUUGAGCUCUUCCUCACCUUCCAACUGGUCCUGUGCAUCUUUGCCUCCACUGAUGAACGGAGGGAGGACAACUUGGGAUCUCCUGCCCUGUCCAUUGGCCUUUCCGUGGCUGUGGGACAUCUCCUUGGGAUCCGUUACACCGGGUGCUCCAUGAAUCCUGCCAGGUCCUUCGCUCCUGCUGUCGUGGUCGGAGACUUCUGUGACCACUGGGUCUUCUGGGUGGGACCUCUGCUUGGGGCAGCAGCAGCUUCCAUCCUCUACAACUACAUCCUCUUCCCCCAAGCCAAGACCUUCUCAGAGCGCUUGGCCAUCUUCAAGGGCCGUGAGCCAGAGGAGGACUGGGCGGAGCGCGAGGCUCGACGGAGACAGUCGGUGGAACUCCACUCCCCUCAGAGCAUGCCCAGGGGAAUGUCUGAGAAGGUGUAA